AAGGAAAGUAAACACAACGACAAGCAUUAAUUUAGGCUUCAACUUGGGAUUGUUAGUACACGUGUAUUUUAUAUUUUGAAUGUUUGCACGUUUAUUUUAUAUUUUGAGUGGUUGAUUAAGACGUUUCACGCCUCUGUGUUGGUAGUAAGUACCUUAGACGGGUCGGAGCUAGCCCAGAUUAGCCACAGCUGCCUUUCGCUUUUUUCAGAAGAUGAUUUUACCUGCGGGAGAUGAAGAGAAAAGUGUCCAGAAUAAGACCCAGUCCCAAUGAGGAGGCUAGGAUAAUACGCGAGGAGCAGGAAAGAAGAAGAAAACUGCGUUUGUUGCAGGUGCGGCAACAGCAGAGAUGCAUUUCACUGCAGAUCUGCCAUGAGGUUAAGCAAAGACGGCAGGAUGAACUCCGACAACUGGAGGAAAAGCUGAAGGAGGACUGGGAGCAACAGCAGAGAGAGAAACUCGACACUCUACAGAGGUUGUACCAAGAGAGCCUCCAGCUUCUCGGUCAGGGACACAGGAGUGCAAGAGAAAAUGAACCGGACCUUGCAGCCAUUGCUCAGAGGGAGGAAGAAAACCACGCCAAAGCAGAGGAGCGAUAUCGAGGAGCCCUUAAAGAGCUCAAAACACAGAAGCUCAAAGAGCAUGAAAGGCAAAACAAAUUCAUCAAUGCCAGGAAGAAAGUACUGGAAGCAGAAAGGGAAAGAUCAGCAAAAGUGGCCAGCCUCCCUCCCCCUCCCCCAAACCCCAUUCAGAAUAUUGACUCCAAGAAGCCUCAUGUAGUAAAGAAACUGGAUGCGAGUGCCUUUGCUGCCACACAUUACCACAUGCAUGAGAACACUGUACAGAGACAGGCAGAGGCAGAUGAGACUAAUGCCCAUGAGGAAGCUGAGCUGGAGGCCAGGAGACUCGUAGACCUGCAGAGGGAAGCAAAGAGGAGGAGGGAGGAGCAGCUGGAGAAAGCUCGUGUCCGGGGGAGGCAAGCUCUGAGGAGGGAACAGCUUGUGCAGGACCGCGAGCAUUUACUGGUUGAACUGGAGCACAUGCAGCAGACAGACCUGCUGAGGAGGAGACAGCAGGUGUCCCAGAUGCCGUCACAGAUCUUCCAGCCUCUGUACAAGAGACAGGAGACGAGGGAGGAAUUCCAAAGAGAGAUGGAGUUUGGCUUUGAGGACAUGUAUACUGGGGUCAAAGGUGACUUGUUGAUUGAGCUGGUCCCUGAGCCACUUCCAGCCGUGUCUACUGGCAGCCAGGACCAAGAGCUGGAUGUUACACUGGAUGAAAACCCUGAAUCGGAAAAUAACACGCAGCAUGACACUGAGCAAGAGGCUGGAAGCACUGAGGAGGAAACAUCUGCUGAAGUGGAAUUUUUGAGGCCUGCUCCAAAACUGGCGCUAAAGAAACUUCUGGAUCGUAUCAGAGGCCAGAGGAAUGAGUGGAUUCAUCGCAGCAGUCAUGACCUUCCUGCUGAUUCACCAACAGUCUUCACAGAUCAGAUUGAAACGGGCUCUCUGCCCAGUGAGGAGAGAGACCAACGUACCCCAGCUGAACUCCCUGAGCCUGCUGCGUUAACACCAGCUGUGGAGCCGACGAACCAGCCAGAUGCAUCGGACACGUUAUAUCCUGAUGUGCUGUCCAGCAGAAUCCAAGAAUAUGAAGACGAAAGAAAGAAAAGGGAAGAUGAGCUCGAAAGGGAGAAGCAGCAUCAGAUGUUUUUGCUGCAGGAGCUGGAAGAGCAAAAAGCCAAACUGGAGGAGAUGUUGCUUGAAGCUCAGCAGGAGAGGGAAUAUCUGAAGGCUACUGUGACCCAGGAAGUAACCAGUAACCAACCAGCUGGACCUGCCUGUGACCAGGAAGUCACCUCUGUGUCCGCUGAUAUAACAUCAGAGCCAGUACCUCCUGCAGGUGAAGAUGACCACACCAGAAGGAUUCGAGAAUACCAACGACGGCUGUUGGAACAAAACAGAGUACACCAGAGAUCGGUGGAGGUCGCUCGCCAGCGUCUGGAGGAAUACCAGCGAGCUCUACGACUUCGCUACAUGACCUCCAGAUCAUUGAGGCCAGCUGUUGUGCCUCCAGGUGUGAUUCAGCCGCCACUGUUUAGUCCACCGUCUGAACACCUUCCAGCGGCUCUUCAGCUCCCCGCAACAGUGCCUACGUACAUUCACAAUAGACCAACAUAUGUAGACGUUUCCGCAAGAGAUUCAGACACAUCUGCUUUACCUCGCCGCCCUGCCGCCAGUGUGAGCGUUGGCUCCAAGUUGCUGUCAGAUGAAUCCGUUUCAAGCAUGCUCAGCAUCCAGACGCCAGAUCUCCCCACCCGGCUGACGGACAGAAUAAUGGAGAGCGUAACAGAGCAUCUUCCAGAGAGACUGAGGCCAUCUUCUUUCACUAAAGAGCAACUGCCUUGCAACCUUUUCACCUCACGUCACUCAACCAGCAACCCUCUCCAGCCAGCCUCGGAUCGUUUUGGAGUCAUCAGAUCGCACAUCACAGAUAGUUCACCUCUAUACUCGGGCCUGCAAUCUGGGUCCCUGAGCUCCAGAGAGGAGGAGGUCCGGAGGCGGGAGUUGCAGGAGGCCCGGCGGCGGGAGUUGCAGGAGGCCCAGCGGCGGGAGUUGCAGGAGACCCGGCAGCGGGUGGAGGAGCAGAGGGAGGCAGUGUCACUUCAGCAGAGGCUGCAAGAAGAUGAGAGGCGGAGGCGAGAGGAGCAGAUGUGGAGGCAGGAAGUGGAAAUGGAGCAGAUGAAGAAACAAAAGGAGGCAUUGCAGGCUCUGAUUGAUACAUCUGAACAACCUGUUUCACACUCGCCCCGUGAAGUGCUGCAUCACGAGGACAUUGGUCAGAAACGCCUACAACUGCUUGCAUCCCUGCUGAAGGCUAUAGAGGAGUCAAAUGGGGGGAGUUUGUCUCACCUGGAGGAUCCUGAGGAGAGAGACAACUCUCCAGAAGAAAUGCAGCCCAACUGUAGUCGGACAGCUCCUGUUGCUGAGAACAGUCUUCCUACUGAACUUCCACCUCCUUCAGGACUCCAUCCUCCUCGAGCACUUAAACCCCCUGUGACGCGCAUAAAGUUGGGCUUCAGGGAGAUGAUGACGGAACAACAUGAGCUCAGUGCUAUUCAAGAGGUGGAGACGCCAGUCAAAAGCAGCCAAGUCACAGGGCCAGAAGAUUAUGUUAAAGAGCCUUCACUCGCUGCAGACUGGGGUCAACAGGAGGGGUUGGAAUCCUCAUCGGUUUCCAUCAGUGAAGAGCAGACUGCUGAAGGACAAAGCAGCUCAGAGGGAUCAAGUUUUUUCCUCUGGAAGGAAAGGCUGCUGACGGGUGCAGGAUCAUGUCUAGAAACCUCAGACUCUGAUUCAGUCCUGAAAUUAAUCUCAACGCCUUCCUCUGACUCUGGGAGAGGAGCUGACCUCUCUGUUCCUGCAGUAACAGGUUACAGAUCUCUCACACAGUCUUGUAUUCUGCCUCCAGAGUCCGACUGUCUCUCCACCACCAUCUCCACCGGCAGCUACAUCACCACUGACCCCGAACAAAACGGGAACGCCGAUAAAAGUUUGGACCUCAGACACCGUUUGGAUAACGGUAGUGGAGCAGAUCUGAGCAGCGUGUCGUCUCCGUGUGGUCAGAGCUUCAGUUUUGAGGGAAGUCCUGCUGCUCCUCCUGGCGUCUCUAUAGACUCCGUGUUCGACGACAGCAGCAUCCAGCGCAUCAUUGACAAAUACACAAAGGAGCUCGACGUUUCUCUGAACAGUACAGGAAGAAUAACUGGCGGUGAAGGCUCAAACGUGGAGGAGCAUGACUCUUCCGUUUCUGAACAUUAUCUGGUUCGACUGUCGGAGACGAGCAGGGUGGAUGAAAACUCUCCAGGUCGUCAGACUCUUCUGUCACUGACGGCAGGAGCACAGACGAGCGGACCGGUCAGUGACUCGGGUUUACAUGGUGCGGUCAGUCCUCUCCAAGAGCAUUUCUCAGGCCAGGGUCAGGAGCAGGACUCGUUCCGGCCUCUGAUUGGCCAGCUGGCCGACCAGUCGUCCUGUCUCGUCGCGGAUCAGAAGGACUCGGCCCUGGAGCAGCUGGUCGGCCAGCCAUCAGCUCACUCAUCCAUGAUCGGCCACCUACCAAGACCGGCGGCGUCACUGAACGGUGAUCCAGGCGGAUGGGAUUCCACUCUGAGUCGGAUGAUUGGCCGCCUCUCCCAUCAGUCCAGCGCUCAUUGGCUGAGUGCCGGCCAGGACUUUUAUGCGGGUCAAAUUGUUUCCGAGCCGUCGUGGUUGAAUGAAACUCCUGAGGAGAGCGGGAUGAGACCGCUGGUUGGUGAGCUGGAUGAAUCUCUUGUUCAUCUCACAGGAAGCUCAGCUGAAAGAAGCCACGGGGUUCUGGGUGUCUCCGCUGAAGGCAGCAUGCAGUCAAACCUGAGCCGGCCUCCCCAGGUCUCAUCACCCCAUCCGUCUGUCCCGGAUGUGAAUCCACAGAACCAGGCACAGCAGAACCAAACCAGCCCGGGGGAAGUGGAAUCCCAGAGGGCUGAAGCGUCUUCAGUGUUUGUCGGCUCAGAUUCAUUCCACCCUCUGCUGGCUGAAGUUACUCACAAUGAAACCGCCGACCCGUCCAUGAUGUUUCACCUGCCUGAUCACGGCUCGCCAAACAGCCCUGGAGGGUUUCCAGCCAGUGAAGGACGCGGCAUCUCCACACCGCCUGUAGACGGUGACACUCACCAUGAUACUUCUGUCGAGUCUGAACCAUCGCCUGAACGUCUUCGAUCAGAGGAGCCGGGCAGCCUGGCGGCCUCCCCCGUCUUCCCCGACUCCUUCUCCCAGCUCGUUAUCUCAGACUGCCCCCCCAAUGAAUCCGUCUGGGUUCUGUCCCCAACAACGAAGCCAGAUCUGGAGCAAAUGUCUCUGGAUCUGUCAGAUGUAAACACGUGUGACGACGCACGUGUUCUGGACAUUUCAAAAGGAGAUCCUGUCUUGCCAAGUUGUCUACAUGCUGGAGAAAUGAAGUCGACACAAGAUGAACUUCCUGUCUCAGACCAGAUACCUGAAGCAGCCAGAGAAAGGGGGAUCCUGGAGCAAUCGGAGAUAACGUUAGUGAGCCUGACGGACACCACGUUACAUGAGGAGGAGAGGAGCCUUACAGAGGAAGAGGAACGUCCAGAAGGAGCUAAGGAGGAGCAGGAGGACAAACAGGUGGAGGGGUUUGAAUCCACACUGAUGCCGGAGGAGACUCCAGACGACGACAGUCCAGCACAACCAGUGUCUGUUCUGGAGAUUCAGUGGGGUCCAAGCAGAGGCCCGCAGGAAGUCUUGGAGCAGAAGCGUAGAGCACUUGUUCAGAGAUCCAACUGCAGGGUGGAGAAAAUCAAAGCUAAAGGGGCUGGAGGAAAGAGUCGAUGUGAAAGCAAAGCCACAUCUAAAGGGAGCCAGAAGGCUGCGGCUAAAGGUGUUCGAUCAGUCGCAUGUAAAACAAAAACUAAAGCAGAGCUUCAAUACGAAACCAAUGACGAGUCAAAGGAAGGACAGACUGAACAGCAAACGCUUCCCUCCCCAGGGACGGAUAUCUGUCCGGAAAGAGUGGAUGAAGUAAAGACGUGCACACCAGAGCAAAGGAAACGUAGUGUCUCUGAAAUGCACCAAAGAACUCGCAGACUGUACGAGCAGCUGGACGAGGUGAAGCAACAGAGAACCAUCAGAAGCAGACAGGACGAUUAUGCCAAGAACAGACUGAAAGCCAAGGAGUUUCAUAAGAAAACUUUGCAGAAACUUCGUGCCAAGCAGACUCAUCAGUCAUCAGCAAAUGUGCCUUAAUCUUAGUGUAGUUUUUAAAUGAUUUGUAUUGUAAUAAAGCUUUUAAUUUAUUUUAAACUACU